AUGAAAUCCUCGAGCCGGUGGCCGACGAUCGGGCUCGUGACGGCGUGGUACGCGUCCAACAUCGGAGUCCUGCUCCUGAACAAGUACCUCCUCAGCAACUACGGCUUCAAGUACCCGAUCUUCCUCACCAUGUGCCACAUGACCGCCUGCUCCCUGCUCUCCUACGUCGCCAUCGUGUGGAUGCGCCUGGUGCCGCUGCAGGCGAUCCGGUCCCGGGUCCAGUUCGCCAAGAUCGCGACCCUCAGCCUCGUGUUCUGCACGUCCGUCGUCAGCGGGAACGUCUCGCUGAGGUACCUACCCGUGUCGUUUACCCAGGCCGUGGGGGCCACGACGCCGUUCUUCACCGCGGUUUUCGCGUACCUGAUGACGGUGAAGAGGGAGGCCUGGCUCACGUACUUGACGCUCUUGCCUGUUGUUACCGGGGUUGUUAUUGCCAGUGGGGGUGAACCAAGUUUUCAUCUAUUUGGUUUUAUAGUGUGCGUUGGUGCUACGGCUGCAAGGGCAUUAAAGUCAGUGCUUCAAGGGAUUUUGCUGUCCUCUGAAGGGGAAAAGCUGAAUUCUAUGAACCUUCUGCUGUACAUGGCACCAAUGGCUGUGGUAUUUUUACUUCCUGCGACACUGCUUAUGGAGGAAAAUGUGGUUGGGAUCACGAUAGCUCUUGCCAGAAAUGAUAUCAAAAUAGUAUGGUAUCUACUAUUCAAUUCUGCCUUGGCAUAUUUUGUAAACUUGACCAAUUUCUUGGUCACUAAAAGCACCAGCGCUUUGACUCUCCAGGUACUGGGAAAUGCAAAAGGUGCUGUUGCCGUUGUUAUCUCCAUUCUAAUAUUCAAGAACCCAGUCUCAGUAACAGGGAUGCUGGGCUACGCACUUACAGUCAUCGGAGUUAUCCUAUACAGUGAAGCAAAGAAGAGAAGCAAAUGAGACCCCGGACUUUUUACAUUAUUUUUUCUCGUCACACGCCUUUCGAAAGCCAUGCUCGUAACGCAUGCUCAAGCUCAAUCAUUGUUUUGUUUUUUAUCCGUUUCAGUUCGAAAUGGAAAGGUGGGAGUUUCUGCCUGUUAUAUCGUUGGACCGGUGCUUCAAAGUCGAGAAAUAUCCAUGGAAAGGGCUUAUAGGUCUACCUCCUUCCAGUUGGGGUCAAUUUCGGCCCUUAUUUUUGGGUGGACUCAGACUCGAACCAAAUUUCUCUCUCUCUCUCUCUCUCUCUCUCUCUCUCUCUCUCUCAAACUAGUGCCAUUUUUUUUGUGAAAUCAUGGAAGGUAACAAGAUAUCUAUAGAAUUGCAUUGCCAUCAAAGAUUGAAUUAUACUGUUGUAGAAACUAUGUAUACUGUUUAUCAUUGAUUCAAUGUACAUGAGAAAAAUGUUCCUUUCGUUC